UACGACUGUGAGGCACUCGCGCGCACGAUGGCGUGCAUCGAGCAUGGUUACGUGAAAGUGUCUGUCGAUGCUUCCGUGUCUUGGAUGACCAAGGUCGUGACUGUGGACGGCGUGGACUUCGUCGUUGCUGACAGGCAGUCCUCAGCGUUCACAAGGUAUUUGGGCUCGUCGAGAUGCUGCAUGCUUGAUCACCUCACGGAACUUCGGAAUUCAGAGACUGAUCGACUGAUCAUCGAGCACCAGCGGUCCAAGAUGGCCAAGAGGGAGUCCAUGAUGGACACGUCUGGAGCAGAGCCUCUGCCGAAGGCUGCUAAACGGGAGGUGGCCGACGAGGUCUCCAUCGAGCUGACUGAGCCUAACAUGAACAUAUUGCUCAAGAAGCCCAAGGUAAGUACUGUCAGUCCUGAGCCAGUCUGGCGUCCUCAGAUCUACGAGGAGCACGUCAAGUGGAUUCCAUCGCGCCAGUCGCUUCGCGUGAAGGUCUACAACGCGGCCAGGGGCAACUGGUUCAUCAAGUCUAAGAAGGUGAGCGAGCACAACAGGUCCAACGUCGACGAGAUUGCGAGGAGGCUUGAGGAGUAUUACGUCACGAACCAUUCUGAUCCACCUGACGGCAAGGCCGAGCCGCAGUUCGCGUCCGACCUGGAGUCAUGA